AUGACGGCAGCUGUUGCUGUAACGCCCGUGAUGACGGUCAUCGACCGGUGAGUAGCGGCCCGGGGAUUGAAUCGAACUCCAGACUGAUUGCUUGGGAGUGCAGAGCAGUUGUAGAAGCAGCAGCAGGCCAGAGCUCUCUCAUGGCGUCCGUUCGGUCUUCGCUGAAGCAGAUGGUCCGCCAACCGCACAAGUCUGCAGCUCCUCGUCCGUUCGGGGCUAUGCUCCUCUUAUACGCGGGAACAUAUUUCACAGCGAACGCAAUCGACACUGUCUCCGCGAACAAUGAAGGACUUCGCGCGGAAUCGACAACCAGCAGUACCACGAAACUUUGCGCGGUAACAGGAGUCAACGUAGGCUUGGCCUUGAACAAGGAUAGCUGCUUUGCUCGAUCUUUUGGAACCGCCGCAACACGCUCGCGAGCCCUGCCGCGGAUAAGUUAUGUCCCGUUCCUGGUGAGAGAUGGCAUUACUCUCUUCGCGACAUUCAAUCUGCCUGGAAGGGUCGCGUCUUCGUUUCCGGACGAGGUCGAAAAGUAUAUGAGCCGACUGUCGGCCGCACAGCUCAUCAUGCCAGCGGCAAGCCAAUUCGUGACGACGCCGCUGCACCUGCUUGGGCUCGAUCUCUAUUACCGGAAUGGAAAGCUAGGAUUCUGGGAACGCGUGAAGGCGGCCAAGAGGGCGUGGCUAUCGACAUCUUUGGCAAGAGCGUGUCGAAUAAUACCUGCAUACGGUAUUGGCGGGAUUGUGAACAACGAUAGCAGGGCGUAUUUGAUGAUGAAGAUGGAAGGAAGGAAGAGGGAUCCACCCAUGAUGGACGGGAUAGACGCGUAG